GCAAGGGGGAGGGGAUGAUGCCAUAUAGCGCCGAGACGCUAGCGGUCCGACUUAGUCUACUCGGCAACAUCGUUCAAAAGUUAUUCUAUAUCGUAAAAUUUGUUAUUUGUUCGAGAGGUCAACGAAGUCGAGAGAAAAAUGCCGGCUCGUAAUAAAGAACAAGAAGCAGAAGUCCUCACUUGGAUCGAAAAUGUACUCGGUGAAAAACUUCCACCAGGAAAUUAUGAAGACAUUCUCAAGGAUGGCGUUGUUCUUUGCAAACUGAUUAACAAACUUGCACCUGGAUCCGUCAAAAAAAUUCAAACGAAAGGGACAAAUUUUCAGCUUAUGGAAAAUGUUCAGAGGUUCCAAGCAGCAAUCAAGGAAUAUGGAGUACCGCAGGAAGAAAUCUUCCAAACGGCAGAUCUUUUUGAGAGACGCAAUAUUCCUCAAGUGACUCUCUGUCUUUAUGCACUUGGUAGGAUCACUCAAAAGCAUCCGGAAUUCAAUGGACCGCGUUUAGGACCAAAAAUGGCAGAUGAAAAUAAAAGGAUGUUUACGGAAGAACAAUUACGUGCUAGCGAAGGUCAACUCAACCUACAGAUGGGAUUUAAUAAGGGUGCGAGCCAAGCGGGUCACGGUGGAUUUGGAAAUACUCGACAUAUGUAGAUCUAUGAAACCAGAACAGUUAUUUAUUAUUAAAUUUCGCUAUAAAUCGAUCAAUCAAAAAGGCAACGAAAAGGACAAUGAAGGAGUAGAGGCGAAACUUUUUGACACGCGUACAUUCGAUUUCACAAAUUUGCUAGUAAACAAUAAGCCAAACACUUCACAUCAAACAUUUACAUGACAACGAGCAAGAUUAAAUUGCUAUAUUUUACAUAUUCUCUAACUAAAUAUACAUAACGAUAUCUACAUCACAAGACAUACACAUUACAUAUACACAUACACGAAGAAAUAAUUUAUGGAUAAAUUAUCGAAUAUUUUAUUCAUAUUUCUUCAUUAAUAUUUUGGAUGUUUCGUAGAACGAACGUAAAGUACGAUUGAAUUUGAUGAAUAGAUGAAAGAGUCAGGAUCUUGCAACAUAUUGCUCGAAGAUUCGACACUUGCUCAAUGUUUAUUGAUAAUUAAUGAUAAUUAUUUGAUAUUAAUUACUACUGUAAAUAUAGCAGAAUAUCCAUAUAUCCA